UUCCUCAAAAAGUUAAUUUAUGAUUCGGUUAAGGUCGGAGCAGUAUCUAGUACCUUGAUACCAAAGCUUGAAGCUUAAAUUAUGCUUAAAUCCUUGGCUUAAAUCCACUUAAAUCAGCUUAAUUUUUUUUUCUGUGAAUAUAGCGCUAUCUCAUGAAAAGCAAUCGAACUAUCGUAGUUCAACUUUACGCGCUUUUUUGUUUUAUUGUCAAAAUUUUCGCUUUUACUGUAUAUUUUUGAUAAAAAUCAACCUCUAUGAAUAAAAUUUUUGAGAAAAACCUUUUAAAAAAUUGGUUCGAACAAAUGGAACAUGAACUAGAUUACUACAAGGAACCCAUACUUGAAGAAUACACAGUUGGGGUUAUUCAACUAGCAUGUAACACCUUCAACCAAGAACUUCAAGUAUUCUUCAUGACUGUAGAUGUUAUAGAACAAUACAUUUAUCUGAAAGAUCUACGAGGAGAAAAAAUAUACGACCCAUUAUUCUCUGUAUGUGUCGUAUUUUUUAUUGUAAGCAAAUAUGUGGGAGGUACAUUUGAAAUGAAAACUCCAUCAAUACAAAAGUUUAUGCUGACUAUGACAGGUCGAGAAUAUACAACUAAAAUGAUUAUAAGUCUGGAAAGGGAGAUUUUACACAUUUUAGACUGCAGACUUCCAUUUACGACAGUGUUGGAUGACUUUAAUACUUUCUUUCAACAUGUUCGUACAGAUUAUAGAUUAAAUGAUACCUUACACAGACUGUGUAUUAACAUAUUCCAACUCGUAUAUUUACUGAGAAAGAUAUGGUUUGAAGAAUUAAAAGACUUAUAUUCAGAUGACCCAACAGCAUUUCGAUAUUUGAUGUGUUCAAAGUUCUUUUUGCCCAUUGGGAUAUUGGUGUCUGCUUUUCGACUUACAAACUAUCAGUUUAUUUUGGACAUUGAUUAUUUUUUGCAAAAAUUGAGAAUAGUAACCAAGAUACAUCCAGAUCACAUUUAUGCUUUUAGUACUAUAAUUUUGAAUUGUAUUUCGACCCAUCAAAGGUAUAGGAAGUUCAUAAAGUCACAAUCAAACUAUGCAAUACAGUAACGAGUUAAGAAAAAAAUGUUUAAGGAUUUACUUUUUUAUUAUCACAAUAAAUAUUA